AUGUUAAAUGAGAUCACUGUAACUAUAGUCCCGCGGUCGAAGGUUGCGGUCGGUCUCCUGGGCCAAAACAAACGGCAUGUGGACGCGCGUACUCGACAAAAAUUCGACAUCGUUCGCCCAAGAAUGCACAGUGCGGCUAUUUUUAGAGGUUUGAGGUGCGCGGGGGCGGCGGCGAUGUCUGGUGUCGGUCUGCCGGGGCCUGCCACCGAUCACCGAAAUAGCUUCUCCAGCUGGCAAUACCUGGCCACGUGGCACUGGCGAGCUCACGGUGCUGCAUGCUGUCUAAGUGGUCCUCGGCAAGCCUCGUGCGAACUGCUUGCUGUUUUUUCUACAAGCUCUCCAACGUUCAGAUGCUUC